AGCGUGGAUGACGAUACUCUUGAGCGGCUUUGUGCUUUGGAAGGCCAUCGAAGGUGCUGAAUGUCAUCCUGCACUGUUGCUACUGGGAAUAAUGAUCGUGCUGUGUCCUCUGCCCACAGUUCUGUUAGAAGAGAAAAAACUGAGACGCUUCAUGCAGUCUGAUAUCUUCUGUGUCCCAGGGGUCCUGUUUUCAGAGUGAUAAGUGAACAGUGCUAGUGCAUGUGCAUGGUGUCAGCUACAGUCUGUUGUGUGGAUGCCACCUGUGCUCCCAGAAAUAGCCUUUCCAAGACUUGGUGGUUCUUCUGGAGAGCCCAUCAAGAGCUGAGCACCAGAGGUUGGAUUCUUCCAUGGACCACCACCAACUAGGAGUCCAGUGUCGUGCCAUCACCAGAGUGCUGAGAUGAGUGUGGUGGUCUCUGCGGAAGAAAAGAGUUCUCAUGCAUGGAUGUAAAUAAUUUGUGGGCUGCUUUCAUGCUUAUUAACACAUGUUAUUUGACAUCAUUUCAACGGGGAAGCUAUUUGGCUUCUGAAGGCUCAGUUGGGACUCCCUGUGAGAUCAGUUCUUGGCUGGAGCUGGCAGCAGCUUGGGGUUUAUUCUCCCAGUGGGCAACAUCUGGUGAUCUGCAAGGCCAUCUCUGCUAGAAAUGGAUAACUUCACAAAUGAUCAGUCAGGCCCAUGUCAGAGGAACAGGUUGGUAGGACUGCUAGAAACAGAUGACACUAUCCAGGAGGAUAAGCCUGCAUCUAGUACAAAGGAAGAAAGAUCAGGACAAUAUGGAAAGAAGGGAGAGCCCCGGCCUUUGGAGUCACCUUACCAGAAGGAAAGCAGUGACUACUCUCCUAAAGUCAUGAUUAAUCUGAACUAUCGGCCAGGACUUGUGAGCAACCAAAAGGACCCCAAUCGCUUUGACAGAGACAGGCUCUUCAGUGCAGUCUCCAGGGGCAGCCCCGAGGCACUGGAUGGCUUACUUGAGUACUUAAGGAGGACCUCAAAAUUUCUCACCAAUUCUGAAUACACAGAUGCAAAGACUGGGAAGACUUGCUUAAUGAAAGCCCUGAUGAAUUUGAAAAAUGGAAGGAAUGACACAAUCCCUCUUUUGCUGGAAAUAGAUCAGAAGACACAGAAUCCCAGGCCGCUUGUCAACGUGGCAUGCUCUGACUGUUACUACAGAGGCCAGACUGCACUCCAUAUUGCCAUAGAGAGAAGGAGCCUGGACAUAGUGAAAGUUCUAGUGGAGAAUGGAGCUGACGUCCAUGCCAGAGCUCAUGGUGAAUUCUUCAGGAAGAAGAACGAGGGAGUUUGCUUUUAUUUUGGUGAACUUCCCCUCUCUUUGGCUGCCUGUACCAACCAGUUUGAGGUUGUAGAAUAUCUUCUAAACAACCCCCACCAAAAAGCCAGACUCCAGGAGCAAGAUACACAGGGAAACACAGUCCUCCAUGCCCUGGUGAUGAUUGCAGAUGACACUGAGGAGAACACCAAGUUUGUGAGCACAGUAUACGUUGAAAUCCUGAAGGCAGGUGUGAAGACUGACCCAACAGUGAAACUGGAGGAGAUUGUGAAUUAUGAUGGAUUAAAUCCCCUGCAACUUGCUGCCAAGACAGGCAAAGUGGAGAUCUUCAAACACAUCAUCCAAAGAGAGAUCAAAGACCCAGUGUACAGGCACCUGUCCCGCAAGUUCACUGAAUGGACCUAUGGACCUAUCCACGUCUCCCUCUAUGACUUGUCUUCUCUAGACAGCUUUGAGGAAAACUCUGUGCUGGAGAUUCUGGCAUACAGCAGUGACACACCAAAUCGGUACAAAAUGGUGGUUUUGGAGCCACUGAACAAAUUGCUUCAGCAGAAGUGGGAAACAUUUGCUUCCAAGAGAUUCUACUUCAGUUUUAUCUCAUACUUGUCAUUCAUGAUCAUCUUUACAGCCAUUGCCUACUAUCAGCCCUUAAGGGUAAAGCCUUCAUUUCCAGUGGAGUUCACAGCUGGAGGCUUCCUGUGGGUCUCUGGGCUGAUCAUUAUUUUGCUUGGAGGUGUAUACCUAAUUUUUGCUCAGAGUCUGUAUCUGCGGAGGAGACGCCAGUCCCUGAAGACUAUGUGUUCUGACAGCUGUGUUGAGAUCUUGAUCUUCAUCCAGGCUUUCUCAUUGCUGUUGUCAGCAGUCCUGUAUGGCGCAAGUUCAGAAAACUACGUGGCAGUGAUGGUGUUCUCCCUGCUUCUGGGAUGGGUGAACAUGCUGUAUUACACUCGGGGCUUUCAGCGCAUCGGCAUUUACAGUGUCAUGAUACAGAAGACUAUCCUGAGAGAUCUGUUGCGUUUCCUCUUGGUUUAUAUUAUCUUCCUCUUUGGCUUUGCUGCAGCUCUGGUUACGCUGAUGGGGGACGCUCCUUCACUCUCUCAGAACAAGUCUGUUGCUCAGAUGGAGAGUGCUGGGAGCCAUGCUAUGUAUGGUGGGCUGCUCAGUGUCUCCCUGGAGCUCUUCAAGAUCACCAUUGGGAUGGGUGACCUGGAUUUUCACGAACAUGCCAGAUUCAGAUACUUUGUCAUGCUUCUGCUGCUGCUUUUUGUGAUCCUCACUUACAUCCUGUUGCUCAACAUGCUGAUUGCACUCAUGAGUGAGACUGUCACUGAUAUUUCUGGUUACAGCAAAAGUGUUUGGAAGCUGCAGAGGGCUAUUGCUAUCCUAGAAAUAGAGAAGGCCUGGCUGUGGCGCCAAGGAGGAAAGAGGAGAUCUGGCUGCUUGAUGUCAGUGGGCCUCAAUAAAAAAGAUGAGAGGUGGUGCUUCAGAGUAGAGGAAAUAAAAUGGACAAGUUGGGCAAAGGAAGUGGGAGUUCUCAAGCAAGAGCCUGGAAACACCAAUGAUUUGGAAAUAAAUCCGGAAGAGACGAGAUCACGGAAACAGGUGCCACAGAAACAACUGAGAUCAGCUGUUUCAGAGGAGCAGUCACUGCUGCAGCCCCAGCUAUCAGCAACUGAGAUGAUGCCUCUAAAGGGACAAACCAGAAAUCUUUAGCGGGUUCUCUUGUUUGCAACCUUGCUUCCAUCUUCAAAGGAGUAGUUCUUCCUAUAGCAGCUGGAAGAAUUGAAGGCAUUAUCAGUGUUAAAGUGCAUUUCAUCAAUGACUGUGGUUCACCCUGUGACAUUAAAUGUUUUCAUGCACUUUAAUUAUAAAUUUUCCUCUGAAGAAACCGUUUUUUUCCUCAAGCUUUUCUGACUGACACUUUCCUAUUACCAUGUUUAAAGGUGCAAGAGCAAGAUCUUAGGGGCAGUGGGGAGUAGUCUUUGGAAGGCAGUGCUUUCUGAGCUGCAUAAAAAUAAUGUUGUUUGCCAUAGAGAAGCAGAGAAUGGAGUUCACCUAUCUAAGAAUGAGUUAACUUAUUCUUUUGUCACAACACAACAACCUGCACUGGAGAGCUUUGGAAUACAGAGUAUUUUAGAGGCAUAAAAAAUUGUCAAUGAUGUGUAAAACACUGCUGUUGUGAGAUGUGAGUGGACAAAUAUUCAGGUUUCAGCCAUCGUGAGCCAUGCUAAGUCUUUGUCUCAGUACCUGCAGUGCUGGGAUCACACCAGAAUUCCCAUUUCAUAUGAUAGUAAUGAAAUCAUUUGCACAAUGUGCACAUUUGCUUAAGAGCACAUAAGUGAUGUGAGUUUUCUGGAACUGUAACUUCGCUAGGUGAAUUUCUGAAGCAUCUGUCUUUUAGAGAUUGCAUUGCUUCUGUAGAAAGCAGCAGCAGAAUUUUACACAGUGCUUCUGAGAGAUAGAUGGUCCCAAAUGCUUCAUGUGGUCAACGUCUCCUGUCAGCCUUAGUGAGCUUCUUAUCUUUCUGUAACUGACUACGAGAACCUCAUUGCUUUUUUGUAUUGUGCACACUGCCUCAGGGUGGGAAAUGUCUUAAGCUCUGAAGAGGAGGAAAAAAUGAGCUAUCUCACUUUUAGCCUACAUUUAAAAAUAAUAAUGUACUAUUCUGCAAACUAUAAAUAUAGCAAGUUUACUUAAUUGAAA